AUGGUUUAUAAUAUCUUCAAACUCUCUCUCAUCGCUGGCGCCCUCGCCGUCCCAAUUGAGGCCCUUGAGAAACGCGCCUGCCCCGGCGUUCAUGUCUUCGGUGCACGCGAGACCACCGCAUCGGCCGGCUACGGCUCCUCCAGCACGGUUGUCAAUGGCUUGUUGAGUGCGUAUUCAGGUGCUACUGCCGAAGCCAUCAGCUACCCAGCAUGCGGCGGACAGGCAUCCUGCGGCAGCGUCAGCUACUCGAGCUCAGUUUCUCAGGGCAUCGCGGCCGUCGCUUCGGCUGUCAAUGCUUAUAACAAAGAGUGUCCCUCGACCAAGCUUGUUUUGGUCGGCUACUCUCAGGGAGCGGAGAUCAUAGAUGCAGCUUUGUGCGGUGGCGGUGUCCCCAACCAGGGCUACACCAAUACUGCGGUGCAGCUGUCGACUUCUGCAGUGAAUAUGGUCAAGGCGGCUAUCUUCAUGGGCGACCCAUUGUUCAAGGCGGGCUUGCCGUAUAAUGUUGGGACUUGUGCUGCUGGAGGCUUCGAUGCGCGCCCUGCUGGCUUCUCCUGCCCAUCGGCUAACAAGAUCCAGUCGUACUGUGAUGCCUCAGACCCAUACUGCUGCAAUGGUAGCAAUGCAGCAACUCACAAUGGGUAUGGCAGCGAGUAUGGAUCGCAGGCUCUCACUUUUGUCAAGGGUAAAUUGGCAUAG